AUGCCGCCCAGGACUAGGAAAGUAGCCACGGCAUCAUCCAGCAAUGCCGUAGGUAGAGAUGAAAAAGCUGUUGUCGCUGGGCCGAAGUCAAUCGAUGCUCCAAAUAUGGUCUUAGAAGAUAACGUGAACCCAGACCACAAGACAAAUAUAGUGGUUGACGAGGAUGAAGAAGGCAUGGAGUUAUUUGAAACGAGCGACGGAGGUCGCACAGCGAUCAACCUGCCGAGCAAAGACGAGCAACGCGCAUUUUACGCUGUUGGUGGUGGUGGCGGCGGCUAUAAUGCAUUAAAGAAAUUUCAUGGCCAAGUUUACUCUGGCAUGGCAAUAGGUGGCUCACACAAUUGGAACUAUGACCAAGGAGUCUGGAAAGAAACCAAGGUUGAACCUGAUCGAUGGGAGAUUGACUAUACCACAACCAAACGGCGGGCGCGGAAAGCACCAAGAGGUAGCGGUGUGCCAAUUGGUACCGAAUAUCACUGGCUCAUUGUUGGGCAUCAGUACGUUGAAAAGCAAGAUGAUAAUACCUAUGAGACGAACCUUGUAGGAUCGAAGUAUAAACUAGCUCACAAAUCAACCUCUGCUACUGCGUGGUCCGUACCCACGGUGAAAGCUCAGCGAGAGCGUGAGAUUGAUCUCUUGGAAGACGCAGAGCGACGUGUCCAAGGGUUGCCGCCAGUCUUGACAACAGAGAAAGUGAAAGUCAGUACCAAGCAGGAAACAGGCCAGCAAACCUUAGAUACCUUGUUCACAAAAGGCAAGGAGAGAACAAGUAACCAGGACCCUCGACAGGCAAAGGAACGGAAGGCGAAUAACAAAAGAAACCUACACAUUUGGGACGGUAUGAAGGAUGUUUGUGAGAAUGUAUUUCGGUUCAUUAUUUCUGCUCCUGGACGCUUCUCGUAUAUGAAUCCAGAGCUUUAUCGUCAAAUGAUGACAAGAUUGGAGUUGUAUCGAUUGGCGGAUUUUAGCUGA